UUGUGGUUAUUUUGUUCACGUGUUAGAAUUGGCGUCCGUAAGCAGAUUAGCGUACACAAGCACGUAAUUCGUCUAUUUGUACUCCUUUUGCGUUAUUUUGUACUUUUUGUGUUCUUUCGUACUCCCGGCCGAUAGCGCGGGUCACCUAGCGUUCCGAUUCGCGGUUUCGCCUCUCUGCUGUGCUGGGCAGCAUGCAAAAAUACUCGUGUACUGAGCUUCAGGUGGACGUUAAAUAACGUCAAGCGUCUCAUCCAGGUUGAGAAUUUGGGACGUAAAAUUGCGUAGUAAUUUAGUUUUAGUCAGGAUGAAGGCCAGUUAUCUCGAGCAGUGUGCACGGGCACUCUUCGUACUUUUGAUCUGUGCCCUUAUUUAUUUAACACUUAUGCUCAUUAUACUGUUUACAACAACAACAACAAAAAUAAGCAGACAAAAACAUCAUGCAUCCUUGUCCGCUAUUCAAAUUCAUCUGUACUCGAUCCCCACUAGUAUGAGCUCUCCUUCUGCAGGUUUCAGCAGAAAAUGAGUCAUAUAACCUUCCAGUUUGUUGUUUGCCUCCCUUUUUGUAGAACCCUUACGUGUGUAAACACAUAAACCACUUUUAGUUAAAAACACCAAACUUUUUCUUUACACAAGCACCUAAAUUUAGCUCUACUUGUGUGAAAUGUCUGUGGGCUCCUUGUAUUGGUUCCUGUUUGCAUUGUACCAUGUCAGUCACUCUUAAAUAUUCAUAGUGGAGAUGAAGGCUUUUUAUUAUGACGUAGUGAUUGCUUUAGUUUAUAGAUGGUCCCUAUUGCAUUUUGUCUGCACGAUGUUCAUGCCUGUGUAAGUCUGGAUUUGUCCAUCUGCAGGUUCUGUGUGUGUAACAGCAUUAUGCACAUGCAUACGGUUACAGUAUCCAUAUACAUGUCAGAAGGGAAAGAGAAAAGUGUUAUAAAUUAAUUUUUACGCUAUGUGAGACGUCUUGCAUGUUUUUAUAAUGUCCUUAAAAUAUAAAAAACUGUAAAGUGUGACGUGAGAUGUAGAGCAGCCACGAACUGAAGUGCAUCAACUUAGGGCUGAUUAAUACACAUAGUACUUUUGUUUCCACUGUCUCCAAUUCGUGUGACAUUGGCGUAAUUUUGGCUCUCAUGCUUAAGUCAUAGUCCUUACCACCUUUAGCAACCAGAUGCGUAACAAUGUGACAUUGCACUAACGAGUAAUUACACGUAAGAAGCGUUCUGAUUGAAAGUUUUCUUGUUGUGUUUCAUUCUGUGAGUAUUGUUAUGUUCACACAAAUACAGUAACACUCACGGAGCUGACACCAUUUUUAUCCGACCGUAACCCAUCUUCUUCCACUACCACAGCCAACUUAUUUGUCUUUGUUUGGUUCCUUACAAAUAUAGUACUCGGUUAUCCAAAGUUGCAAUGAACAUAAAUGUGAUUUAGUGGCAUUGCAUUGGUGAAAUCCAUAUAAGUGCUUUAAGUGGUGAUUGAUGAUUGUUUUCUGUUUUUGUCUCUGUCUAUUGUAUAUGUGUUUUCAUACUGAAUAAUAUUUCGCUUUACUCCAGGGCAUGCUGCAUGGGUCUUAACCAUUCAUCAAACUUUCAAUGAUGUAUAUGUAUCCCCCACAACAUUGCUGUUCCCUAGCUUCAUAAAUCAAAGCUUCAUUUUAAUCUUUUCACUCACAUCUCGAUUUCCCUCCUAUGCCACCUCCUAUGCUUUUUAGUAAACUCAAAUAAAAUAAUAACAAAUAGCUAAAUACUGGUAACAUUAGGCAUUUAAUUUAGCGAUUUAUUUGCACAGUUCGGGAGUAGCAUACAAUGGAAAAACUUUAUUUGACAUUUCUUUCUAUUUGUGCACCCUUCAACUAACUGCUUGCUGAAUUUGCAGCCCUUGUGCAUUCUUAUAUACAUUAUGGCUUGUUGAUUUGGGGAACUACAAGCUAUGCUAUCCUGGCAAAGUUGCUAGCUAUGCAAAAGAAAGCUGUCUGAGUAAAAGUUUACGCUUAUGGCUACAUUACAGAUUGUAUCAUUUGCAACUGGUACAAAAAGCAUACCCACAGGCCUUGCUUGCAGACUGGGCAACCAGGUGAUUGACAACCAUGCAGAAGUGUUAGCCCGAAGGUGCUUUCUCAGGUUUGUUUACUCUGAACUUCUGAAGUUGGCACGUGGUGAAGAUUCAUCUGUUUUUGAAACCACGAGCUCCUCUGUAUUUGAAUGUCAGCUGAAACCAGGCCUGAGGAUUCACCUCUUCUCCAGUCAUACCCCAUGUGGUGAUGCCUCCAUCUUCCCAAAAAAUGGGGAUGUGUCAUCUGUAGCUGCAGUUGAAGAUACGGAAAAUGGUGCAACAGCUUCAAAACGACCCAGAUUUGACCCUGAGGACAUAUAUAGGACUGGUGCGAAGUGUGUGCCAGGUACAGCCCAGGACAAGAAGCUGCCUGGUGCAGACUACCACCAACUGGGUGUGGCCCGGACCAAGCCCGGCAGGGGCGCUACAUCUCUCUCCAUGUCAUGUAGUGAUAAAAUGGCCAAAUGGCACAGCUGUGGCCUUGAGGGCGCACUGCUCUCUCAUUUUUUUGCAGGCAAAGAACCACUGCGUUUGUCCUCGGUGAUUGUUGCAGGGUGUCCAUACAGCGAAGAUGCCAUGAGGCGAGCACUUCAUGAGAGGCUCUCAGUUUCAGACGAUGUUCCACCCAUUGAGUUUCACUACAGCACGAAAAUGUUUGGCCAUUCCCGCCUUAAAGCUGUUGAAAACAACGCUGAUUCUGCUGUGCCAUGUGCUUCAAGUAUCAUAUGGUGGCUGGGAUCAGACAAGGCGGUUUAUGUAGGAGUGAAUGGCUACAAGCAAGGAAUUACUCGCAAGAACCUCUGCAAACCAGUGGCUAGGCUGCCAGUUUGUAGAAGAGAACUGUUUGGGCUGUUCCACAAGCUGAUGCAUGAAAUCUCACCAGACAGGCUGCCCAAGAUUCUCAGGCAAGUUGACCUGCGAACUUACGCCCAGUUCAAGCAGGCUGCUAAAGUCUAUCAGAACAGGAAGGUAGACUUUCACGCCCGCCUGCCUGGAUGGACUGACAAAUCUCCAGACUUGCAAAACUUCACAAUCGCAGAAAAUGUGUGACCCGCAGUGGCGUGCGACGACGCUGAUCAUGUGCGGUGCAGGAAAAAUCCUAUUAAAA